AUGUGUGGUAUCUUCGCCUAUCUUAACUUUCUAACCCCAAAAACACGUAGUGAAAUCAUCGAUGUGCUUAUCAAAGGUUUGCAACGAAUGGAAUACAGAGGCUAUGAUUCGGCAGGUAUUGCUAUCGACGGCGGCAAUGACCCGAAUUCACCUCACAGCGAGAUUCUAUUGCUCAGGAAAGCGGGCAAGGUCUCUGUUCUGGAGGACUCGAUUAAAGGUACUCUCACACUCAACACUUGGAUUUUUGGAGGUGAUGAAAAUGAAAGGCGAAGCAACUUUCGGUUACGUUUUUAA